AGCUUCAUUGAGAAUUGUUGUCUCGGCCCAGCUGAGGGCAAAGAGGAGCAAAGGAAAGAAAUAUACUAGUGGACCCCGUCUUCCGUCCUCUUAUUAAAUUGUACUGCUCUUGGAUUCUGCCCCAAUACUUGUGUUGGAUCACAUUUUCUUUUCGACCUCAGAGUUGAGCCCAGCAGCCAUUCCCACCAACAUGGAGGCCCCUCUUGUGUCAGAGAAGACACAGUCUGAGGUUGUUGCCAAAGCUCCAACCUCAAACGCUACUGCUCAACAGUUCAAAAUAGUCAAAGUUCGCAAGCCUGACGGUACCAUUGUGAAAGUCAAAAGACCCAUCACAGCAGAAGAAGCGGCGAAAUUGACAGCUGCUCCAGCAAAGCCAGAACCCUCAAGUGCGGAGCUUCCAAAACCCACUCAAAAUGUCGAGACACCUGAUAGCACCCCUAAGUCUACCUCAGCUACUAGCAAGACACCGACACCUGAAACCAAGAAAGCAGACGAGGGCGAGAAAUCCAGCAGCGAAGGCGUCGAGAAAAUGAGUGCUCCCCAGAAGGCACCAGAUUCAGAGAAAGUCAGCACAACACCUAGCCAGGACCCAGCCGAGUCAAAAGCUCCUGUCCCCGCUCCUGCCGGCCAAUCCCCGUUGAGCAAGACUGAUCGCACUUUAAACACAGUCGCUCAUGGAGCUCGACUUUACAAAGGGCUCCACAGACUCCAUAGGGGCUCUUCCCGCUUAGUCAGUGUCUUGGCCCCGCAGUGGGAUAUCGAUGACUGGCAAGAGGGCGACGAAGAUUUCUCUGAUGACGAUGACGAUGACAACGAUGAGGACGAGGAGAAGUACGAGUCGGAUGACGAACAGGAUACAAAACAUGAAGCGGCAAGCUCAGAGCUGAGCUCCGCUACAAAGGGUCUGGCUCAUAGCACGGCUUCAAAUAUCCCAACCAUGAACACGCCCAGGUCACAGAUAGAGAUUUCCGAGAAAAAGAGUGAACCUGCAGCUGCAUUACCACAACCCAAGAAAACCGCUGUGGUCAAUGAAAAAGAGGUAUCAGGGAGUGACCUUGAUAAUGGUUCUCUCGAAAAGUCUGGUCCAGAGGGAGGAAAGAAUCUCCAAAAGAAAUACAAGGAUUGGAGUCGAUACAUUAUCUGGGCUAUAAUGAUUCUUUUCCCAUUGUUGUUCAUGAUUAUCGGAAUCUUGGUCGCCGUUAGAGACGGGCAGCCAGUCGGCGACUCUUUAGGUGAUGGCACUAAUCAAGCACUGAGUGUUGCCAUCUCUGUCUGGCCUAUCAUCUUUGCUGCUAUCGUGGCUCAAUCACUAAGAGCAUAUGCCACUUAUCGCGUAGAGAGGGGUGUUCGAUUGAUGACUCUUGAACAAUUGGUCAACAGCAAUUCAGUCGCUAGCUCUAUCAAGCAGCCGUUCCUUCUCCGUCGCUUCAAUUGGAUCACAGUCGCUCUCCUCGUACUAUGGGGCUUGUCUCCCCUGGCGACUCAAGCGAUGCAGAGAAUAUCGAAAACAAAGUCCGAUGACUACAUUACCCCAAGUUGGCUGAGAUACGUCGAUACUGCCAAGAAUAACUCCAAUUACCUCUCCGCACCUUCAGAUGAGUUUAGUAACGUCGAAGCCGAUUUCAAUCGACUGUAUUCUGCAGCAUUCCUGCCGACGUAUGUUACACUCGGAUCAGAUCCAUACAACAAUGCUCUGAUCCCAUUGCUCGAUGACCCCUCCAACAAAACUCACUGGCAAGAUGUCGACCCUACAGCAGGCUAUUAUUACUUAGACUAUGCAUCAGCAUAUGGCGUUCCUGUUGCCGUCAUGAAUAGCUCUUUUUCAGACGAUUACUUUAGUGACACCGCAACAUUCAACGUCACUAUUUCUACGGGAUACCUGGCUUUUACCUGCCCUCCUUUGCGAAUUGUCGAUCUUGAUUUCAUCGACAAUAGCACGCUUACUACUGGGUAUGCUGAAGAAGCAACGCUAUAUCUUGACUUAACUCCAAUGAGCGGCCACACGAACGGUAGCCUUGCACUUGCUUCAAUGAUCACACGAAACACCACUGCAGCUCACCCCUUCGAUCUCGAUACCGGCGUCGAUGGAUUCAACUACACAUUCGCCUACACCAACUGCACAUUCUCUCAGGUCUUCGUCGACGCCAACGUCUCCUGCCAAUCCGGAUCCUGCUACACCUACGCCAUCCGCCCAACAAACCUCACAAACACAACCCUCACCCCCGGCUUCCUCGACUCUGGCUCCGCGAAUUGGGUAACCGGUAUCCUCGGCAGUUCAGGCUACACCAACGACUCCGUCCCCACCGCCACAGACACAGAACGCUAUCUAAUAAGCAACGGCCGGCUCUCCGACUCGCUGCCUAGAAUGAACCUCACGACCGUCGACCUAGAUGAUUUUACCUACAACCUCGCGUUCCUCAUGAACACAUUCUGGUCCAUCGGCUUCGCGCCCAAGAACCUGACAAACGUAUUCUACAACUCGACCUCCGAGCCCUUCAACAAGGAUCUCGGGUCCUCGCCCCUUGUCUCCUGGGCUGCUGGCUCCAAGAUCGAUUCCUACGAGAUCUAUGUCACGAAAUGGGGUUGGUUGGCUGCUCUCAUGAUUUGCUCUGUGUUUUUGCUGCUGGCGGGCAUCUUUAGCAUUUGGUGGGAUGCAAGGACGGUUAGUCCGGAUGUGUUGGGCUUUGCUAGUAGCGUGGUGAGGAAGAGUAAGUAUGUACAGUUACCGCCUGUGGCGAGCGCAGCCAGUGGUGCGGAGAGAGCGAGGGCGUUGGGUGAUGUUAGGGUUAUGAUGCAGGAUGUGAAGCCGAGCGCCACGGUGGGGAGGAUUGCUUUGGGGACGGCGCAUCCUAAUGCGCAGAGGUUGCAGCCGGGGAGAACGUACCGUUAGAUUAUUAUGUAUGCU